AUGUCGCGCAAGGAGCAGCUCUACGCGCAGCUCCUGCGGCAGGAGUGCGCGCAGGGCCGCCCCGCGCGCAGCUCAACAGGAGGACUUAAUUUUGGAACCCUGGGAUCUUCCACUGCUACAGCAACUACAUCAGCUCCCUCGGUGGGCUUUGGUACUGGACUUUUUGGAUCAAAAUCAACCACAGGCUUUACACUGGGAGGUACCAGUACAGGAACAGCAACAACAAUUGCUACAGGAUUGACACUAGGCACUCCUGCUACCACAUCAGCAGCCACCACAGGCUUUAGUUUAGGCUUCAACAAACCUGCAGGUUCUGCGACGCCAUUUGCUUUACCUAUCACUUCUACCUCAGCAAGUGGCCUCUCGCUCUCAUCUGCUCUUACAUCAACUCCUGCAGCAGGUACUACUGGUUUCACACUAAAUUUGGGUGGUACAGCUGCCCCAACCACAACUGCCUCCACAGGCCUUUCCUUCGGAGGAGGCUUAGCUGGUUUAGGAAGUUCACUUUUCCAGAACACCAGCACAGCAGCAACAGGGCUUGGGCAGAAUGCUUUGAAUUUGACUCUGGGGACGACUGCAGCUCCUUCAACUACUGUUAAUGAAGGUCUUGGUGGCAUUGAUUUUAGUAGCUCUUCAGACAAAAAGAAUGACAAAGCAGGAGCACGACCAGAAGACAGUAAAGCGCUAAAGGAUGAAAAUCUACCUCCAGUUAUCUGCCAAGAUGUAGAAAAUCUACAGAAAUUUGUGAAAGAACAAAAACAAGUUCAGGAAGAAAUUAGCAGAAUGUCCUCUAAAGCAAUGCUUAAAGUACAGGAAGACAUUAAAGCUUUGAAACAACUUCUGUCUGUAGUUGCCAGUGGGUUACAGAGGAACACUCUUAAUAUUGACAAGUUGAAAAUGGAAACUGCACAGGAGCUAAAGAAUGCAGAAAUAGCACUAAGAACACAGAAAACUCCUCCUGGUCUUCAACAUGAAAAUACAGCCCCAGCAGACUACUUCAGAACCUUGGUUGAGCAGUUUGAAGUACAGCUGCAACAGUACAGGCAACAAAUAGAAGAACUGGAAAAUCACCUUGCUACUCAAGCAAACAAUUCACAUAUAACUCCCCAAGAUUUGUCUAUGGCUAUGCAGAAAAUCUAUCAAACAUUUGUAGCUUUAGCUGCUCAACUUCAAUCAAUACAUGAAAAUGUAAAGAUGCUCAAAGACCAGUACCUCGGCUACAGGAAAACCUUUCUGGGAGAUGCCAUGGAUGUGUUUGAGGCACGCCGAACGGACGCCAAGAAGUGGCAGAGCGCGCCCCGGGCUACGAGCGGGCCCGUGCCCUUCAGCAGCCUGCCAAACGCGGCAGCCGUCGCGAUGGCUGCGACACAUACUCAGCAGCAGCAGCCUGCUACAGGGCCACAGCCAUCUCUGGGAGUUAGUUUUGGAACGCCAUUCGGCUCAGGUAUUGGCACUGGCUUGCAAUCAAGCGGCUUAGGUUCUUCGAGCCUUGGAGGCUUUGGAAGUAGCUCUGCCUUUGGAAGCAGUGCCACGGGCGCCUCAUCCUUUGGGUUUGGAGCCGCAAGUAAACCAUCGGGGAGCCUGAGUGCAGGCUUCGGCAGCUCCACCACGUCCGGGUUUAACUUCAGCAAUCCGGGCAUCACGGCGUCGGCCGGCCUCACCUUCGGGGUCUCCAACCCGGCCUCCGCAGGCUUUGGGACAGGAGGGCAGCUGCUCCAGCUGAAGAAACCCCCCGCGGGCAACAAGAGGGGGAAGAGAUAGGCCCCCGUCCGGGGAGACGGGAGGGAAGCCGCCGUGCUCRUCUGUAAAGUCUAUUUUUCUAGAUUUGAUGCAUUGAUGAAACUGCAUCCCAGGAGAUUUAUAAAAGAAUUUUGCUACUUUUCCCUAGUCUGAAAUGUAAUCAUAUUGAACAGCUAUUUUCCUGUGAAUAGAUACUCGUUUAUGUAUUUUUAUUUUUGGCCUUAGUUUUAGAAAUGUUCUAUACCGCAUUAUCAAAGAAUCUUGUAAAACCAUCUAUUUAACCUAAUGCUAGUAGCAGAAUAUUUUUUUGUUGAUAAGCUUUAUACCAUAUGAAUAUAUGCAUAUUUGUUUUUUGUACAGAUAGAAUAUAUUCUAGUACAAAUACUAGAGUUCAUAUCUUCUGUUCUUGGAUAUGGCCUUCAAAUCUACUUCAGGGUGUUUUUGUGUAUAUGGAUGUAAAUAUAUACAGUACAGUGCACACAUCUGUGUGUGUGUAUGUAUGUGUAUAUAUAUAGUGUAUAAAAUAAACACGUGCAAACCUUGCCCCCGAGACAGGUCGUCUCCGUUGUGUGCUCACUGUCCACGCUGUUCUGUGGUCCCACAUCUGCUCUCCCUGGGAGCUGCAGCAGUGGGUCCCAGCCUGUGUUAUCACUACACCUUGUGUUUUGUUUAAGACCAAUUUAACCUUUACUGUCAUUAACUUGAGCAAGUAGUAGCUCUCCCUCCAUUUUUGACCCCUUUUCCUUGUGAUUUUUUUUUUCUUGCCCAUACAGCAGGCAGACACUGACAUUUCCCAGGAAAUAUUCCUGAACUGCUUGAUUUGGUUUUUCUUUUUUCUAUUUUUUCUUUUUUCUAUUAACAGCAGUUGCAAGCUGUGGAGUGCCCAAGCUCCAUGUGCAAGCAGAGGGCUACAGGCUUGAUGCACCUCCCUGUGCAUUUGGAGGCACYAAGCACUGCUAUCCUGGUGAAACCCUUCCCUUAUCCCUCACAGGAGCUGAUUCACCUGGCUUCUCAUCAGUGCUAACAGCACUGGCUUAAACGCUGUUGCAUUUCAGCCCUCGCUGUGAGGCAGAAAACAGUAAGUUGCUGCUAAAGAGUAAAGGAAAAUGAUGUAAUGUGAAGGUCGAGCUGUUGUGACCACAGAGCAUGAACAUUGCAGGGUGCAUUUGGGCCUGUUGUGCUGCAUUUUCCGUGCACAACGCGUUAGGGAGCUGGAAAACAUCUCGGGGAGAUGCUGCCUUGUGCGAGAUAAAUAACAGAGCAAGUGAGUCUUUGCCAAUGCAGAUACCGGUUCUAAUGUGAACGUGGAAGUUUGGAGCCCAGUGUUGGUUUUAUAUAGAUAAUGUUUUGUGUAGAACAUGCAUCAAAUGGACAGUUGUAAUUAUUUCCACAAAAGCACCUUUUUUUUCCCCCUCUGAAAACUGCUAUAGCGCAUAAAAUUUUUAUAGUACCAUGU